AGAAUACAUCACUUGCCGUGAUUGGCUCAUAUGACGUCCUCCCAUUUUCCGCGCUUGCGCGGCAAUGCGCUGUGUCCCUCGGACACAGCUAUCACCGAUCACUGAUCAUCAGGGCACUGAUGAUCAGUGUGCCCUGAUGAUCAGUGUAGCCCCAGCAGUGCCAGCUGCCAGUGUCCAUCAGUGCCACAUCAAUGCUACAUAUCAGUGCCUACCAGUGCACAUCAAUGCCACAUAUCAGUGCUCAUCUGAGCUGCCUUUCAGUGUCACCCAUCAGUGCCAGUCAGUGCCACCUAUCAGUGCUGCCAAUCAGUGCCACCUAUUAGUGCCAGUCAGUGCCGCCUAUCAGUGCUGCCUUUCAGUGCCCAUCAGUGAUGCCUGUCAAUGCCCAUCAGUGCUGCCAAUCAGUGCCACCUAUCAG